UCUUUCUACCCCCUAAUAAAUGCCAAUUGUUCUCCAUUCUCAAUCCAUUCAUAACAAAUAAGCAAUCUGAAAGAAAAACGUGCGACAAACACAAAAUAUUCCUCCAAUACAAAAGAGCAAUGGAUUUCAGGCUAAUGGGUUUGGAUUCUCCACUGUUCAACACUCUGCAUCACAUAAUGGAUCUCACAGACGACACAACCGAUAAGAACUUAAACGCUCCAACAAGAACAUACGUACGCGACGCAAAGGCAAUGGCUGCAACUCCAGCGGAUGUGAAAGAGUAUUCAAAUUCGUACGUGUUUGUGGUGGACAUGCCUGGGUUGAAAUCUGGUGACAUAAAGGUUCAGGUGGAAGAUGAGAAUGUGCUAUUAAUAAGUGGCGAGAGAAAGAGAGAAGAAGAGAAAGAAGGUGUUAAGUAUUUGAAGAUGGAAAGAAGGGUUGGAAAGUUAAUGAGAAAAUUUGUGUUACCUGAGAAUGCGAAUGUUGAAGGUAUCUCUGCUAUUUGUCAAGAUGGUGUUCUUACCGUUACCGUUAAUAAAUUGCCUCCACCCGAACCUAAGAAACCAAAAACUAUUCAAGUUAAGAUUGCUUGAUCGGUGUUCGAUUUCAUGUUUGCAAAUCAGAAGGAAUGUAUGUUUUUUUAGUUGGUUUGUGUAGCAGUGGUUUUGUGUGUUUUCUUAGUUGCCUUGCACCUAUAGGAUGCGAUGUAAUCUGUAACAAUAUGAAUCUGAAUGAAUUUUAAUUACCUUGGUUUUUCUGCUAGUAA